UGGGGCCGCACCUAACCCUCUCCCCGUUGAAAUAUUCUCCGUGCGAAUUUGAAGGGCCGUUCCACACCGACUCCGACGUGUGAUUUUCCUAUAAAAACCCGAUACUCUUGCAGCUAUCCCUUUUACAUCUCGGAUUGCAUCCAUCACUCUGCUAGAGUAUCAGUUUUCAUUCCCUCUUUUUAUAUCUCGGCCGUAAAUUUCAGAUCGUCUCUGUUCAUCAUCAAUAACCGAACCGUCUGAUCGAUUGACUGCUGUCCCACUUGAAUUUCAUCAACAAAGCUUCAUCAUCCCUGACUGAAUGGAGUUUUGUUGUGGAAAUAGAGAAAGAAAGGAAAAAAGGGAAAAGAGGAAGGUAUUUGGAAUUUCGAAACUACUUCCUACUCUCUCUUCAUUGAUUUAGGGACAGGUAUUCGUCGCAAGAGCUCAGGCCCACUUACUUACACGGGUGGCAUCUCCUUCGUAGCAAGAAGUUCAAUGCUUCUUAAUCCGUACGGUGGCGAUGGACCCAGCGUGGGCCCCACAUGCAUAAAUCGGCAACUUCAAGUGAACGGAAGUAGAUCGAGAUUUGUUUCGCUUUGAUAUAUGGUAGAAGAGAAAUUGAGUGCACGUGUAAAGACUCACACAGAAGUGGGAAGCAGUGGAGUGUUCCAUGAUGGAUUCAGGGACACUUCUCUGAUAGAAACUUGAAAACUUCUUCUUGAUCAUGUCUGCACUCAUUAGUUGUCGCAGAAGAAUACUGCUGUACACUAUUUUUUCAGAGCUGAUGAGCAUAUAGGUGGCAUUCCUUAUUUCUUCCAAUGGAGUGUAAUGAUAGCUUUGUAUCUGAAGAGCAUCGAGAAUUGCUUAGAUCUGCUGCAGAGAGCAUGGAUCCAACAUCGGUCUCGCCGUUGGAAAUCAGCACGUCCCCGAAGUCCCCUAAAGCUCAGCAUGGCAAGCAUGGCUAUGGUAGAGAAAGUCCAAUUAAGCAUGACAGGCAUUCACAUUCGGGACGUGAUGGCCGUCCCAAAAAGGGUAAAUAUGCAAGGCCCUUGUUCAAGUGGGUCAGGCGGAAAAGGCACGUGGGGUGGAUUACUUGAAACAGGAGACAGUUAUUUUGUCGAUGAAAAUGAUCCAAACUAUGACAGCAAUGAGGAAAACUGCCCAUCUAAUUCUAGCAAGUCACCUGAAGAUUUCAAGGAGUACAAGAAGAAGGCCACUGUGAUUGUGGAAGAAUAUUUUGCGACUGACGACAUCAUCGCGACCGCAAACGAAUUAAAAGAUCUCGGCUAUCCGGAAUACCUUUUCUAUUUCGUUAAAAAGCUCAUUUCGAUGGCCAUGGAUCGACAUGACAAGGAGAAAGAAAUGGCUUCUCUUCUGUUAUCGACUCUCUAUGCCGAUGUCAUCGAUCCGCCAGAAGUUUAUAAAGGAUAUAGCAAGCUCGUCGAGUCAGCUGAUGACUUAGCCGUAGAUAUACCAGAUGUAGUUGAUGUUCUAGCUCUCUUCAUAGCUCGGGCUGUGGUUGAUGACAUACUCCCGCCGGCAUUUCUGACGAAACAAAUGGCCGCACUGCCAAAGGAGUUAAAAGGGGUGGAAGUGCUAAGGCGGGCCGAGAAGUGCUACUUGUCUGCCCCACUCCAUGCAGAGAUCAUUGAGCGUCGAUGGGGCGGAAGCAAGAACAGGACAGUUGAGGACGUGAAGGCUAACAUAAACAGUCUGUUGAUCGAGUAUGUAGCAUGUGGGGAUAAGGCAGAGGCCUGUAGAUGUAUCAAACAUUUGAAAGUGCCCUUCUUCCAUCAUGAGAUUGUUAAGCGGGCCUUGAUACUAGCGAUGGAGAGACGGGCUGCCGAGGGCCCGAUUCUUGAUUUGUUGAAGGAAGCUGCUGAAGAAGGUGUUAUUAAUUCGAGCCAGAUAAAGAAGGGGUUCAGCCGGCUUAUCGAUACCAUUGACGACUUAUCGCUUGAUAUCCCUAGCGCGAGAGAUCUUUUGCAGUCAUUGAUCUCUAAGGCCGCAUCAGAGGGUUGGCUGUGUGCUUCCUCGCUGAAGUCGCUUUCUGUUCAGCAGGAAAAAGGAUUGGAAGACAAUGCCACUCAGCUUUUCAAGAUCAGAGCAAUGGCCAUCAUUCAAGAAUAUUUCCUGACAAGGGACGUUUUUGAGGUGAUCAGCAGUUUGGAAUCAGAGAAUCCAAAUGCCUCCGCUGAACUGAAUGCCAUCUUUGUGAAGAAGCUGAUAAUGCUGGCGAUGGAUCGGAAGAACAGACAGAAGGAGAUGGCUUCCGUCCUGCUGACGUCUCUCCAUUUCCCAGCCGAUGACAUUAUGAAUGGUUUUCUUCUACUGAUCGAGUCAGCAGAAGACACCGCUCUGGACAUUCCUGCUGUCGUCGAGGAUCUAGCUAUGUUCUUAGCACGGGCCGUUGUGGAUGAAGUCCUGGCCCCGCUGCAUUUGGAGGAGAUUGGCAGCCAAUGCGUGGGGCUGGACUCAAUUGGAGCCAAGGUGCUUAAGAUGGCUCGAUCGCUGCUGAAGGCCCGCCUAUCAGGGGAGCGGAUACUGAGGUGUUGGGGCAGCGGUGCGAGUAGCCAGACGGGAUGGGAGAUCGAGGACAUUAAGGACAAGAUUGGGAAGCUACUGGAGGAGUAUGAUUCUGGCGGGGACAUGCGGGAAGCAUGCCGGUGCAUCAAAGAGCUCAGCAUGCCAUUUUUCCACCAUGAGGUCGUUAAGAAGGCAUUAGUGACAGUUAUGGAGAAGAAAAAUGAAAGGUUGUGGGGCUUGUUAGGAGAAUGUUACAAUGUCGGACUUAUAACUACUAAUCAGAUGGGUAAGGGAUUUGGGAGGGUGGCAGACUGCAUGGAUGAUUUGGCAUUGGACGUGCCAGAUGUGGAGGCCCAGUACAAGCAUUAUGUGGAGCGGGCCAAGAUUGCCGGCUGGCUGGAUCCUUCAUUCUCAGCUGUUAGAUCUGGACUUCCAAUUGAGAAUGGAUUUUGUUCAUGAAAAAUGAGGUGGGUCUUCCAUUCAUUUACUGCAAUGUAUAAAGCUUUCUGACUGAUCAGAUGUUCUAAACUUCCUUCUAUUUCAUUUACUGCAAUGUAUAAAGAUUUGUGACU